AUACGAGCACCUCAAUUGGAGGGGUAAUUUGACUUCGCACGCGUUCCAUUUGGGAUCUCGUCACAAAUGGAUAUAGAUGGAACACCAUUGGAUUAUGAGGUGGUGGUGGUGGCGGUGUUGUCGCACUAGUGUUGGUAAUCAUCUAUUGUGAGACUUCUUUGUUUCCUUCUCCUGGACAAUUUGAGCAUUGUGAGUUGCUUCAAAUAUAAAAAAACGGCGGAGCUACAAUGACGGACGCCUCGGCAGAAUCUUCUCGCGGGGAGCUCAAAGGUCUUGCCGGAUGGUGUUACAGUUUCUUCGAGUAUGAGACGCCAAAAGUGGUGACUAUUCAGAAUGUGCCGUUAGGAAUCUUACGAUUGCUACUUCAAAUGUUAGUCAUUGGGUUUGUGGUGCUCUACCAAUUAUGGUAUGCCCGAGGUUACCAAGAAUUUGCCGAGGUCGAAUCCAGCGUUACAACUAAGGUGAAAGGAUUCUCAAGGUCGGAACUCACCGAGCGCGCCAGAGGACAAAUACCGGAAGAAUGGCAUUACAUGUACGAGCGAGUUUGGGAUGAAGCGGAUUAUGUUGUUCCGCCGGCAGAAAAUGGAGCUUUCUUCGUGAUGACCAACCUGGUCAUCACCCCCAACCAAACACGGUCUAUGUGCCCAGAAGAUCCCAUUGAAGUGCCAGAUGUGCUCUGCUCUUUGGCCAACAACACAUGUGUCGAGGGUCAAAGCGUCAAUCUGGUCAAAGGCCAUGGAACCAUGACUGGAAAUUGCGUGCCCAGUGAUCGGUUGGAUGACGUCUACGUUUGCGAAAUCAGGUCUUGGUGUCCAGUAGAAGUGGAUCGUUUACCACUGAACCCCAAAACAGAAGGACCAUUGAUUCCAGGAUUCGAAAACUAUACCGUUUUCAUCAAGAAUUCCAUCGCUUUCCCGAGAUUUGGCGACAAGUACGAGAGGAAAAAUAUGCGGAAUCCAAAGGAAAAAGGCGCCAUUUGCGUUUAUCAUGCCAAUGACCCACCCGGUAAACUGUGCCCUAUUUUCCGAUUGGGGGACAUUGUCGAGAUGGCAGGAGGUAACAUCACUAAGCUUGCCGCAAUCGGAGGCGUUAUUGGGAUUGAUGUUACAUGGAACUGCGAUUUGGAUUGGAACUUCAUGACCUAUUGUCUGCCCAAAUACGGUUUCACCAUCUUAGAUGACUUCGGUUGGAACUUUCGCCACGCUUUUUAUCAUGAAGAGAACCGACGAACCCUGAUCAAAGCUUAUGGACUCAAGUUUCUCCUCGUUAUUGACGGGAGGGCGUCCAAGUUUGACUUGAAGAAUACCGUGAUCGUCAUUGUCACUGGAUUAGGGCUUUUGGGUCUGUCUACCAUGUUCUGCGACUUCGUGCUUCUAAAUUACUCGUCAGAACGAAUGAAGGUAAAGGAAAAGAAAUAUGAGACCGUGCCCACAACCUCGCGGAUGCUUGAAUCGACUUUAAAAAUCAUUAGCCAAACCUCUGCCCUGGGAAUGAACCACGAUAAGAAGACUCCCCAAGAACAGAGCAUCGCACUUACGGCUUCUGCAGGAAAGAGCAACUAUUGCUAUGAAACUACUAGCUGUCCUAAUCAAUGCUUGGUGGCGAGCGUUACGCAUGAAAACGAGUCAAAAGAACAAGUUUAGUAACGGAAAUAAAAAGUGAACAAA